GGAGGGGCAGGCGGGGCCAUAGGGCUGAUGCAAGUAAUCGAAAGGGGAGGGGCAGGUUGAAAUUGAAACGAUUUACACUGGGAUAACGACAGUAAUAGGAAAGUAGGACUCGAAUAUACUUUCCUUCUCUAAAUGUUUCCUCUCUAUUAGCUUUAGCUCUACUUUAUUCCCUUUCCCCUUCCCCUUCCUCUUCCCCUUCCCCUUCCUCUUCCUCUUCCUCUUCAACAUCCAAUGCCCAAUUCUUCUUAUACAUAACGAGUUACGCGCACAAUGACCUCUUCCGAUCACCAGCCUCCCCUCGAUACGGCCCGACAUAUUCGUUACUGGCAGCGAUGUUUCCGCUCCGUUCUCCCUCAUCACUACGUGAGCAACGAUAGUAUCCGUCUCACCCUCGGAUUCUUCAUAGUCGCCGCUCUCGACCUCCUAUCCUCGUCUUCCUCAUACUCCGAACCCCCAAAUGAUCCCCUGAAAGCCUCUCUUAUAAGUCGAGAAGAUCGUACCCGCCUAAGAGCCUGGGUUCUGUCACUACAGCAUCCGCAAGGUGGUUUCUGUGGUUCACCUCACCAUGUCCUACCAGCAAAGUAUACCACCAAGUGGGAUGCUACGAACAAUGUCGAAUCUGCAUUGGACCCAGCCAAUGCUAAUAUAGCUGCUACCUACUUUGCCCUACUUCUGCUAGGUAUUUUGGCCGAGGAUGACGGCUCUAAAGCCUUCGAGGGAGUAAACCGCAUAAAAACUCUACGCUGGCUCAAAAAGUUGCAAAGGGACGACGGAAGCUUUGGCGAAAUCAUUGACGAGGAUGGGUAUGUAGGGGGAGGCAGGGAUAUGAGAUAUUGCUACCUAGCUGCUACCAUAAGGUGGGCUCUUGCGGGAGCUGAGACGGGUGAGGACUUUAACGUCGAUGCUCUUGUGGCGCACAUACGACGAGGGCAAACUUUCGAUGGUGGUCUAGGCGAGAGUUCGACACACGAGAGUCAUGCUGGAUAUGUGUACUGCGCUGUAGCGGCGCUAUCCAUUCUUGACCUCACCAACCCAAACGCGGCUACGGAACCGGAUCGGUACCUUCGAGCCGGCAUCCCUUCCAUUCCGUCUUUAGUGCAUUUCCUAGCUUGCCGCCAAUUUGACUACCUCGAACCCGAUUCCGAUGACGAAAGUGAUGAAUCCAAGAAUCACCCACUACCCGAUCUAUCUACCUUAGCUAUAUCAGACGCACCUCAAAUAGCUGGCUUCAACGGCCGCCUGAAUAAGGUCGCCGAUACUUGCUAUACGUGGUGGGUCAGCGGUACGUUGUUCAUGCUCGGCGAAAGCCAGGUCAUCGAUCGCGGUCCCGCCAGGAAGUUCAUACUAGAGAAGACGCAACACAUGAUUGGCGGAUUCGGUAAAAAUCCCGGUGCUCCUCCCGACGUGUACCACGGGUACUUAGGGCUCGCCGCCUUAGCAACGCUAGCUAAUGCCGAGGGCGACGAAAAAAAGGAGGAAGGAAUAGGGAAAUUCGACCCGCGUCUAUGCAUAGGAAUCGAAGCCUCUCAGAGGGUCACUAAGGCUAGGGAGGCAUUACUAGCCUCUUCAGAAGAAGACGAUGAUAGCGACGACGAUUGGGCCCGUGAGACUGAAACGAUAAAAAAGGAACUCGACUGGGAUAAGACUAGAGAAACUAUUGCGCGACUAGAGGCUAAGUGGAAGGCCGAGGGCAAGAUACCUAUUCAUGAGAUGGAUAAGUGGAAUCCUUUCCACCCACCGAAGCUGGACGAGUUGGACGCCUAAGCAGGGCAAUGGGCCGAAUCAGCAUAAUAAGGAUACAUCUACUUCUUUGCUUUCUCUACCAAUUUCGCCUCUGAAAUGUCCUAUAUUAUGCAAAAGCUGAAAAUAGAGGGAUAAAUAGAUUAACUAGGUAGAUUAGAGGGGAGCUUAGAAGAUGGCUUGUUGGAAGAUAGCGGUGAACUUGUGUGGCUCGAAAGUCAAUCAUGAAUCAACUGACUGGUCAAGAUAUGUCCGUUCGGAUAGGAGAAUGCGCUGAAUAAAGAAGAGUUACGAGCGUUUGCUUUAGGUAGUCUCAAUAAAAAAAAUGAUACCCUUCCCC